AUGAACGAGAAGUUAGUAGACGACGGGAGGAGUCAAGCGGCGAGCGCUCAGCAGAUCGAGCUGUUGCAAAGGCCACGUCGAGACCAAGACGACACCCAAGCGCAGAAGCAAACACGCGAGAAAGGUGAAACGGGUCAAAGUCCAAGUCAGCGGCAAAACGCCAAGCGAAGGCGUCGCUACACACGGACGCAAAAGAAGAAGUGUCAGGCGAAGAUGAUGAUGAAGAACGCCGGCCGCGAACGUCAGGGCGAGCGAGAAUGA